CAUACUUCGAGAGUGUAGAAUGUUCUUCUAUAGCCAGAGACAGUGGAGUAGCCUUCCAUGGAGUUUUAAUUCUCGUAAUCUAUCAAUAAUUUGAGUAUAUUCACGGUGCAAUUUAAACAUUGUUGAUAGUAUAUAAUAUCAAUACAACAAUAUGGCUUCGUCUGUGAUCGAAAAAGACCACCCAGACUAUAAGUACAUGUAUCAAAACCAUUUGAUAGAAGCAUGUACACCUUUGUUUGAAGAAUUCCUGAACCCAAGCGAUAUUUUACCACGUUUAAAUACGCUUAGUGAGAAAGAAAAGGAAGAAAUUAUUAAACUAGAAGAGAGAUUUUCCAGGCAAAUAGCUGUAGGAAAACUUAUACAAUAUGUACAGAAAAACCGGUGUGUUUCAGAAUUCAUAAUGGCAUUAAAAUUACUUAAAUUUCAAAGAUUUCUAGAUGUUUUAGAAGAUAGGAAAGUGCCGGGUAUACAACAGACAGGAAGACAACAUUGUGGAUAUUUAGUGUUGUUGCUACAAGCUGAUACCAUUGAUUAUAUAACCGAUCCACUUGGUCUGGCACAAGAAAUGCUACAGGGUGAUUAUUUGACGGAACGAGACGUUGAGCUCAUCAGCAGUGCCUAUACUAAUAAUGGGCGAACAGCAGCAUGUAACGUAUUAUUUAAGAAAAUGAAAGGACUAAGAAGUGACUGGCCAUUUGCCUUUUUUAAAGCCAUGGAAAAACAUAAUGCACUUUUGUUUGAGCAUCUGGAAAUAGAUCCAAGACAAAAAGAAGCAAUAUUUAAUACAACAGAAAAUGAGCAAAUUCAGCCAGGUGAAGGAGCUGAAGGCAGGGCAGAAACGAUACAGAGUACACAAUCGUUUGCUUCAGAAAAUGAUGGUCUCUCAAACGAUGAAAAAACGGAUAGCGCCUCUAAAGCGUCUAAUGAAGAUUUUCAAAUGAGAGAUUAUCAAUACGAAUUGAGUGAAGUUGCCAUACGAGGAGAAAAUACAGUAAUAUGUGCUCCUACGGGUUCGGGAAAAACAAGAGUGGCGCGUUAUAUAGUUGAUAAACACUUAAAUUUAGCUUCGGGAGAUAAGAGGAAGGUGGUAUUCAUGGCAAAAACUACAUCUUUGGUAAAUCAACAAGCUAAAGACUUCCAACGGUUUCUGACCAAUUACCAUAUGCAGCAUGUACAAGGCGAAAGUGACCUUUCUGUGCAAGUUAAUUUAAUUCUUAGCCAUUGUGAUAUAUUGGUAUUAACGCCACAAAUUCUGUACAACCAUCUACGUGACGGGAAGAUCAAGUCACUUAGUGUAUUUUCGUUGCUGAUUUUAGAUGAAUGCCACAAUACCAGAAAGGGUGAACCGUAUAAUAACUUAAUGAAAAUGUAUCUGAAAGCUAAACAAUCCGGAGAAAAGCAUUUGCCACAGAUUGUAGGAUUAACAGCAUCACUGGGAGUAGAGAAAGCUACAACAUGUAAUGAUGCUAUUUCCAAUAUAUUAAAACUGUGUGCUAACUUAGAUGUAUCGAAAUUAUCAACUGUGAUAAAGAAUAAAGCUGAACUCGAUAAAACCGUUCCAGUACCCGAUGAAAGAUUUGCGGUGUUACCGGGAAAUUGCCAGGAUUGGGCCAGGAAAGAGAUCUGUUCAACAAUGGAAGAUAUUGAGAAACAUUUAUUUGAGGCAAAUGAUGAAUUGAAAAAUGAAGACAUUUCAACAAUACUAAGAAAACGACCAAAAGAAAUUACCAGCCAGGCUUAUGGCCAAUGGGUAGUAAACAUCAAACAAUCAGCUAUGGAACUUAAUACCCAAACUGCUGAAGAAAAAAGCCUAGCACGUACAAUGGUUGUCGUAGCUAGGCAGUUGGUAGUAUAUAAUGCUGCUUUGGGAAUACACGAACUGGUACGUUUACGAGAUGUGUUAGCAUAUCUUGAGAAGAAACUUACAGAAAAUUUAGACAAAAAUGUACAUUCUGAUGUAGAGAGGAAGUUAGCAACAUCUUAUAGAGAACUGAAAACAAAGCUACGAACAGAUGAACAAAAUGAUAAGAAUCCAAACUUGAAAAUAUUACAAGAUAAUCUAAUGGAAUUACGCAGAGAGAAUGGCCCUGAAUCCUUAGGUAUAAUAUUUGUUCAAACUCGAGCCACUUGUUAUGCAUUACGUGACUGGUUGAGACAUUCAACAAAUGAAGAAAUGAGAUGUUUAAAUGCAGAGGCAUUUACUGGAAUAGGGGCUCGUGAAGAUGACGGAGGUAUUACGCAGUCUGAGCAGAAUGCAAUCAUUGGAAGAUUUCGCGAUGGAAAGAUUAAACUAAUAAUAGCAACAAGUGUGGCAGAAGAAGGUCUAGAUAUACCAGAAUGCAAUGUUGUAAUAAGGUACAAUCGUAUUGGAAAUGACAUCACAACAGUACAAACUAGAGGUCGAAGUAGAAAAUGGGGAGGUGUGUCAUUGUUACUUGGGAGUAAAGAGAUCGUACAACGUGAACAAACAAAUGUAAAGCGAUCUAAAAUGAUGACAGAAGCUAUUCAACAAAUACAAAAAUUACCACAACAAGAUAUAGACCUACGAAUUAGCCAGUAUCAGAGGGAGGCAAUUAAAGAUAUGGAAAUUGAGGAAGCGGCAAAAAAGAGCAUGUCAGAGGAAAAGAUUAACGCUCACUUCAUACUUCAGUGUGCAACCUGUAGAGAGCUCACUGUUGACAGCAAGCAUAUCCGCAUUUUACAUAAAAUGUAUCGUGUUAUUAUUGAUCCUAAUUUUAUGGAAAAUGUAAAAAUUGGAAUUUGUAAAAUUUCGCCCAAAAUAAUUGAUGGCAUUGAAGAAGCUGAGAAAAUCGUUUGUAAGCGAUGCCGUAAUUAUUUGGGUAGACUGCUUAAAUACAGGGGUUGUAUAUUCCCCUCAAUAGCAAUAAAUAGCUAUCAGUGCAUAACUGAUGGUAACCAAGUGACACACUAUAAAAAAUGGAAGAAGUGUCCUUUCCUUGUCCAAGGAAUGGAAGUAGAUGACUACAAGUAUAUGUUUGAUCAGGUAGCGGAAGACAAUGAAGCGCCUUUUGAUAACGAUGCAGCCUGUAAACAAUUUGAUGACAAUGAAAAAGACAUAGAUGAAGCAAGUGUAUAAUUUUUUAUUCAUUGAAGACAAUAAAGGAGCCAAACCGCAUGGAAUUUAUUUAAUCUGAUGUCAUUUUGUCUAGGGUUAAUAUGUCAAACCUUAACUUCUUCACAUACCAAAGUCCCGUGUAAACAUUGGAAUGCACGUAAAAGAUCCCUUGGCAGUUGGAAUUCGAUAUAAGAGUAGGCGAUAGUGCCGCUGCCCGGGCAAAAAUUUUCCUCAUAGCAUAUGCCCGUCUUCAUUAGCCCAGUAUAGGAGCAGAACAGUAGGACGUUAAACCCCAUUUCAUUUCAUUUAUUUUAUGCUGUGUCUUCAAAUAAUUAAGCGUUCUUGUACUCAGAUACAAUAAUAUGGUGAUGCUAGCACAAUAUUAUAUUCUUAAGUACAAGAAUCCUUUUAAUGGCGUUUAAUUGGUUGGUCGCAUACUCAAGCAAUCAAGUUUGUGAUCUUCUUAUAGCGCAGGUUGCUUUGCUAUAUUUUAUGCGAUUUUUUGUUUAAUUUUUAAAAUUGUCCCCUGCGUUUUGGUUUGACCAUAUGUCUGUCACAUCAAAUUUAAAACAAUAACGAUGUUUAUAUGGAGGUAGAAAGUUCAAAUUUGGGGUUCACCGAGUUCGAUGAUUAACAUUUCGAUGAUAAGUAUUUUAUUAAAGACGUGCACAGUCUCCAUUAUUUCUGUUUUAAGGAUGUUAGAAUAAGAUGUUGGCCACCCAUAUCUGUUGGCCAGUAGUCCAUAACCCAUUGGAUACUCUAAAUUCUAAGGUUAUGAUUAAAUUUAAUAGUACAUUAUCAUGCACUGUUUACAAUGUGAUAGCCUUUAUGAUCUGGCGGACAAUUUAGCUUCCUUGGUUGUAUGUUUCGUAGCCUAAUAAUCAGUCUUUGUAGUUAUUUAAUAUUUACAGAAUUAUUUUUAAAAUAAUUAAUUUAUUUAAAUAUAUUUAAUAUUAUUUGCUUUGUAUGAAUAUAUUUAAUAUAAUAAUAUGAGUUUGUUUAAAUGUAUUUAUUUAAUGUAUUAAUAUUAUUUGCGUUGUAUGAAUAUAUUUAAUAUAAUAUUAUGAGUUUGUUUAAAUGUAUUUAUUUAAUGUAUUAAUAUUAUUUGCAUAAAUAUGUUUAAUGUAAUUGAUUUGCAUAAACAAGUCCAGAUAUAUUGCUUUGUAUAUUGAUUGAAUACAUAUAUGUAUUUACUAUAUGUAUAACUGAUUUGUAUAAAUGUAUCUACUGUAAUUCUUUUUUUUUGUAUAGAUAUUUUUAAUACAACUGAUUUGUAUAAAUAUGCUAGUGAUUAGGCUGCAAGAAUUUGUAAUUCAUAGUUUAUUACAUGUUUCUUGCAACAUAAUUAAACCCACGAGUGGUUGCAAGAAUUUGUAAUUCAUAGUUUAAUACAUUUAUGUAUCAAUUAAUCAAUUAAUUAUAUUUAUUUAAAAGUAUGGUAUUCCUAAUGGAAAGUAAUUUAAUAUAAUUUAAUAAAAAAUUUAUUAAGGGAAUCUUAGCUUGUAUACAUUUUAUUUAUGGUCUUACAAUUUGAUUGACAUAUCACUUAGUAAUGACAACCAUUUAAAAAUAAAGUUGUGUUA